UCUUUUUCUUUAUUUUAUUAUGUUUUAAACGAGCCCUGCAUCAUUUUUUUUUUUUGGUGAAAUAUUUGCAAGAGGAGAAGAUGAUGAAAUGGUCGGCAAGGCCAAUGUCCGGAGCGACAAAGAGGUUCAAUGUGAAGGUGAAGCCAUUGAAGCUCGAUGGAUUUUGUGCAGACGAAACAGAGAAAACAAUGAUUGUUGAAACGAAAUGGAAAGGACCCAAAUCUGUAUUCGCUCCGUUUUAUCUACCUUCAUCAUCCAAACUUCGUAGAAGUCGUACCAGUCAAAAAUUGUUGGAUAAAGGUGAAUCAAUUGUUGAAUGGGAUGAUGAAUUCGAGAAUAUCUGCGACUUCUCUGUUGUAUCAAAAGAUGGUUCAUAUGGUCCCUGGAAUGUAUCAUUCAAAGUUUUGUGGGGUGAUGGAGAAGAAUCUCAGACAAAAUUAACAGUUUUAGGAAAAGCUUAUUUAAAUUUAGCAGAAGUGGCAGCAACAAUGGAGUCCCAGGUUGAGAGAAAGGUUCCGAUCACUUCCAAGGUUGGUGGUUUGGGCAGCGAAGCUACACUUUUGGUAUGCGUGAGUUUUACGGAGGUCAGGAAUUCUCAAGACUCGCCAGGACUUGUUCAAAACUCUACCGAAUCCGACAAAGGAGACGCAUUCUUUAAGGUGAUGAUGGGCCUAACCGGCUACAAGAAGAAAAAGAAAGGGAAGAAGAGCCAAAGAGACCAGGCCGGUUCUUGUGAAUCGGACGUCUUGGAUGGUUUGGCGGGAAACGAGUCCACUGUUACGAAGGAUAAAGCCAAUAAAGAACUGAACUCAAGAACUGUGUCAGAAUUUUGUCCGAGUUCCGAAACUCAGUUGGAACCUCAACCUGACCAGAAGGAGGGGUUCUUCUCGUGGAAAAGAAGGCGGUUGAAUUUUAUAACGCAUAAGAAGAAAGAAGAACCGUUGAGUAAGAAGACGAAUGACAACAAGAUCAGUGACGACGAGACUAAUCAUGUUGACCGCCAACGCAAUGUUGACUCCAACACGCCCGAACUGAUUCCAGAUGCCAUUGCGUUUUCUUCAGGAUGUUAUGAGUUUUGUAAUUGGGAAGAGAGAGUAGUAGUAAGUAGAGAUGGGCAAUCUAAACUGAAAGCCAAUGUGUUUUUUGCUUCUUUUGAUCAAAGGAGCGAGAAAGCAUGUGGAGAGGGUGCCUGCACAGCGUUAGUUGCAGCCAUUGCCCACUGGCUUCACUUGAAUCAAGACUUCAUGCCAACAAGAUCAGAAUUAGAUAGACUUAUAACACAAGGUUCCUCCGACUGGCGAAAACUUUGCAACAACGAAACCUACACGAAUUUCUUCCCAGACAAGCAUUUUGAUCUUGAGACUGUUUUAGAAGCUGGCCUUCAGCCUAUAAAUGUCUUGCCUGAUAAAUCUUUCACCGGAUUUUUCAGCCCUGAUAAAUUCGAGUGUUUGCAGGGAGCCAUGUCAUUUGAUGAAAUAUGGGAUGAAAUUAAUGAGAAUGCCGAAGAUUACCAGCCAGGAAUCUACAUUGUGAGUUGGAAUGAUCAUUUCUUCGUGUUGAAGGUUGAAACAGAUGCCUAUUACAUCAUUGAUUCGUUAGGCGAGCGGCUUUUUGAGGGGUGCAAUCAGGCAUACAUUCUGAAGUUUGAUAAUUCAACUUUGAUGUAUGGAAACUCAGAGAAAAGUGAAGAGAUAAUAUGUAGAGGGAAAAAGUGUUGUAAAGAGUACAUCAAAAGAUUUCUUGCUGCUAUAUCACUUGGUGAACUUGAGGAGGAAGAGAAGAAAGGAACAGUUUCAACUUUCUUUCUUCACAAGAGAUUACAAAUCGAUUUUCACUAUAGCUCUUCUUCAAAUACAUCAUCAUCAUCUUCUCCUUCAACUUAUUCCACUUUUUCCCUCUUCUCUGGUGAAGAGUGAAACUAAAUGCAGUAGACAUUAAGUGUAUAUAUGAAGAGUGUGAGUGCCAUAGCCAAUUAUUAACAAGUUAAAAUAUGUAGAGAAUCAAAUUAAGGAUUACAUUUUU